CGCCGACGAGAGCCAAGUGCAGUGAAAAGUGCAGUCCGAACCGCGGGCAGAGGAAAGCAGCGCAAACGGCAGCGAAAAUGUUUUCCCGCAGGGAGCUGCUCUAUCUGAAGGCGAUCCUUUUCGCAACCUUGCUGCAUCUGGCCAACGCACUCCAGCUGGAAGGACUCUCGACAAAGAAACCCCGCAUCACGAAGUACACCAUGAAGCCCACGGCCAGCUCGGCCACGGCCGUUCCAUCGUCCCUGUCGCUGUACCGUCUGAAUGCGUCAAGUGGAGCGACGUGCAUUCUGAUUCAAACCGACGGGCUGCUUAGUAUCCAGUACCGGGAUAAGUACAAUGAGGAUAAGGAAGCGGACACAUUCAUGCCGGACCAGAUGGACAUCUCCGGCGAGUGCUGGGAGGACGAGUCGCGUAUUACGCUCGCCUGGAAGGGUUUCACCAUCAACAUUUACUUCUCGAAGACGCCGGGUGGCGAGCGCUGGUACGUGAACAGCGUCGACCUGGCGUACUCGUCCUCCAACAAGCUGUUCGAGCACAUCGACCGCCCCGGGCUGGACGUGAAGCUGUCCACUCCGCCCGGCACGCUGCUCUUCCCGACGCCGGUCGGUAAGUCGUACACCUGCGACAAGGAGCUGACCAUCACGAUGUUCGCGCAGGACGAGAACGACAAGUCGGGCCACCUGGCCAAGCUGUACCUGCGCGAGCUGCGGAUGCAGAGCUUCAUGUACAAGGCCGGCAACGCCUGGGGACCGACGUUCCAGUGUAGCGCCACCGGCACGUACCGCGACGAGACGGCACCGAUCGCCGUCGGUUCCACGCUGGCCGUCGCCACCGUCUGCACCGUCGUUGGCUACGGACUGUGGAGAUACUUCAAAGUCAAGAAGUUCCAGUACGGAACCAUGGCUUAAGGCGUGGAUGGUACACCGCCGUACAGCACAAGACAAUGGGAGCAGAGAUAGUUCUAUCGUGGCCAAACAGUAGAACAUCAGAUACCCAGCACAGCACUUCGUCUAUAGCGGGGGAAAAAAAUAUCCAACCGAAAGCAGCUAGACUAUGAAUUGGAUUGAGAAAACCUUCCAUCAUGGACAGCAACAGACAAGCACACGCAGAACACCGCCAAUCUCUUUAGCUUUCACUGUGCAACCCCUUAGGAACCACAGCAGGAAAGUUGAUAACAUAUGUGAAAAUGGGGGAAAACACUUUAAACACACAUUAAAACAACUAAAAAAUUGAAACACAUUGAAAGCAUCUUGAAACAAAAUCGCAAAACUUGGUAACACUAAAAAAAAUAGUAACAAUACGAUGCAAAAGGAAAUAUGAAAACCUAAAUACGAAAAAAAAACUCUAUCACUCUUAAUAGUUCUACCGUGCAAAUGAAAAUCCAAUGUAUUUACCAAUGUUUUAAGAUGUAAGCGUAAAAACAAGCGAAAAGUUGUAUCAAAAUACACAUAUAUAUAUACAUAUUAUUAAUAUACAUAUACAAAUCGGAACGUUUGGAGCGCAGAUCGGUUAGGAAAGGACAAGCACAGUGGAACUCGGAAUUGGAUCGAUAAGCAAAGGAGAGCAAGGGAAUGCAAGUGAACAAGCGAAAAAAAAAACACAAACGUCUAGCGCAGAAUAGCGUUAAAACAGUCUUCCAUUUUCAUUUUAAUGAUAUAAUCGUGUGAUUAAGAAAUUAAAGAAACAAAGUCAAGAAACACUAAACAAAACUAGAGAUGAAAAAAGAAAAUAAAGGGACACUAUAACUAACUAGAUAAGCUUACGGUGUUGAUGUAAUGAUAAGAUAGUGUUGAAACGGGGGGCGUGAAGUGAAGGAUGAAUGCCACGGAAGGGUCGAUAAUUAAUGACGAUAUAAAACAUUCGUUCGUCGACAGAUAAGGGAACUUUUUCCUCAUACAAAAACCAAAAAUAAUCUUUCCUUUCGCACAUUUUUACAAACAAAUUGCACUACACUCCGAGAGCAAUAGUAUUUUUGCAAUGAAAACGCACCGUGUCAUUCCCAACAAACUAAAAAGUAAUUCCCAGCAUUAUCAAUUUGCACCAAUUUGUACAUAUUAUCAUUCAAUAGAGCAGUGGAUCUUAACACAACUGACGAACUCGUCAUUAUUCUCUCCGUACGCGUCCCUUCACUUCCAACACGGGACGGGACAUAAAAAGUGCACUCGUAAAACUCGUUAGUCUUUUUGGCAAAAAAAAGUUAAGCCCAUGCUAAAACUAACGGUUCGAAAAAGCAUUAAACUAUGACAGACGAACGGGAAUAGACAUUCUUCUUAAAACCCAAAAAAAACCCACCCCGUAUAAAUUCGAACAUAUCUUGGUGUCCUCGGUGAUUCGAUUUUAGUUCGAUGGAAUAAAUAAAUUAACAACCAUAAAACGACGACCGAAACAUUUGCCGGGCCGAACGCCUUUCCCUGACUCGAACUAAGAACAGCAAAUACUUUACUCCUUCUCGCCGAGGGGUUAGGUGGGAUAUGUUUUCGGUUCCGGCCGCCUAUCGUAGGAGCAUAAGUAGAAUAACGCAAAUGCAAAGUAAACGAGACAACAAAAAAAACCAAAACCCAAACAAUGCCGGAUGAGAAUUGUCUGCAGUAAUUCAUACGUUUUCAAAUUCAACUA